AUGGUGGUCAAGACCGUCGGCUAUAUUGGCCUUGGCAAGGCUGGAGCGUCCAUGGCAUCGAACUUGCCACGAGCAGGUUUCCGUCUUAUCGUGAGAGACGCCGACCCUGCGCGCGAGCAAAGGUUUGCUCAAGAGAAUGCCAACACCUUUGUUGCCGAGCCCGGCGUGGACGGCUUCAAGGAAUGCGACGUGGUUGUCACCAUGCUGCCCCAGGGUAAAGUGGUCAGGGAGGUGGUACUUGGGAAGGACGGGAUCGCCCGGGGCUUGAAGCCAGGCACCAUCAUAGUCGACACCUCAUCGUCGUCCCCAUUCGACACGCAGAGCCUAGGCAAGGACCUGCACGCGCUGGGGUUCGUGCUGGUCGACUCGCCCGUGACACAAGCGCACCUGCACGACACCGACAACGGCAACGCCACGCUGAUGGUCGGAUCAAACUCACCGGAUGCCGUGGGCCGAGUGCUGCCAGUGCUGCGGGCGAUGGCCAAAUACGUGUUCCACAUGGGCCACCUCGGGGCCGGCCACACGAUGAAGACGCUCAACAACUACGUCAGCGCCGCGUCCAUCGUGGCCUUGUCCGAUGCACUGGUCAGUGGCCAGAAGUUUGGCCUGGAUCCCGUGCAGAUGAUCGAUGUGUUGAAUGUGGGAACUGGGCGCAAUUUCUCCACCACCGACAGUUACGCCUCCGAUGCGCUGCCCCGGAAGUAUGCGUCGGGGUUCCAGCUGGCCCUGUUGAUCAAGGACGUCGGCAUUUCCAAGGAAGUCUUUGACAAGCUCGACUUCGACACGGAGUUGCCCGAUCUGAUUCUCAAGUAUUUCAAGGAUUCAAUGGCCACGCUCGAGCCCACGGCGGACCACACGGAGCUCCUGAAGCAUUGGGAGAAGAGAGCUGGGCUUGAAUUGAAGACCGGCUCGCCCAAGGGGUUGACAGUUACCGCGGUGAAGCAUUGA